AAAGCCUGGGAUUGUGCCACACCCGUGACAAACAAGAAACCCACACAGGCGUCCAUCACGAAGGUCAAACAGUUUGAAGGCUCCACAUCUUUUGUUCGGAGAUCACAGUGGAUGCUCGAGCAGCUUCGCCAGGUUAAUGGUAUUGAUCCUAAUCGGGAUUCUGCAGAGUUUGAUCUGUUGUUUGAAAAUGCUUUUGACCAGUGGGUAGCCAGCACAGCCUCAGAAAAAUCCACCUUCUUCCAGAUCCUCCACCACACCUGCCAGAGGUAUCUCACGGACAGGAAGCCAGAGUUUAUUAACUGCCAAUCCAAAAUUAUGGGAGGAAACAGCAUCCUCCAUUCAGCUGCCGAUAGCGUGACCAGCGCCGUGCAGAAGGCGAGCCAGGCCUUGAACGAGCGCGGGGAGCGGUUGGGCCGGGCGGAGGAGAAGACAGAAGACCUGAAGAACAGCGCCCAGCAGUUUGCAGAAACUGCGCACAAGCUUGCCAUGAAGCACAAAUGUUGAGAGACUGCCUAUCCUGGUGACCCUCUUAAGAGAGAUGGAAGAGUUUAUUCAGCAGUUUUUACAAGAAUUCCGGACCUCUGCUUGCUUCUUUUUUUCCAAUAUUUGGACAUUUAGAGUUUUUUUGUUUUUCCUUUUCAAAUGUUACUAUGAAAGAAAAGGUGUUAUGUUUAUACAUUUCCCUAAUGAUCUUGCUAAGAAAUGCUACAAUAGCAUCAGCUUCAUUUUGGUUUUGGUUUUAUUCCCUGUGCGUGUGUAUGUGUGUUUGAAUGUGUUUUUCUUUUCAAAAAUAUUUUUUUGUAGUUUGAAUAUGAAAUUGGGACCAAAUGACAAACGGAGCUAGGUCAAAGUUGGCAACAUGUAAUUUUUUUCCCCCUGAUACUAAGCAGGAAGACAUCAGAUGUUAUUGUUCUUGGAUGAAAAUAGAAGUCAAGCAGUGAUUGGUUUCACUCAUUCUUCUAGCUACUCCUAAUUUGAAGGUUAAAAUUCUAUAUUAUGGAAAACAAUUGGAUAUAUCAUGGAAAUAGCAAUCUUAGAUUUUGCCCUUUACAUAGUAAUGUUUUUGCAUGAACCAUCACCAGCAUUCAAAAACACAAAUUAGAAUCACAGAUAGAAAUCUGCUUUCUGAGCUACAGUUUAAAUACUUGUGCUGUUGCUUCCAGGCUGAUUAUUUGGAAUUAUCAUAUGAAGGAUAAAAAUUUGAGAGUAAAGACCUAAGGAAAAGCCUAUUUAAAACCCUCUGUGUAUUCACGGAUGUUUGUCUCUUUUGUCAUUGCCCCAAUUGUGGUAGCUGCUAUUGAAAGGCUGUAUUUUGAUCAAAAAUUGAUUUGUCCGGGUAAAGGUCUGUGUCAAUGAUAAUGUAAAAACAUACUACAUUGAAAAUCUUUUUUCUUGUCUUACAAAGUCUUGCCUAUUUUAGAGACAACCUCACAAUGUCCUUGGGAAAGGGCCUUCAAUUUUUUGGUAUCUGAGUUUUUGGAGGUUUUGAUGUUGUUAUUGCUGUUUAUUUAUUUAAUGUAAUUUAACAUGUGGGUUUUUGACAAAUUGCAUUUCAUGGCAAUUGCAACUUGCGGAGUAUGACAUAAAACACCACAGUCAUGACGCCUUUGCAUUGCAGGCAGAUUAAAUAAAAUUGGUCACAUUCCUCCUGAUUUUCUGUUAAAAUAAUGCAGGGUUGAGAGUCUAGAAGUUUUGUUUCCUAGAGUGUUAAAAUGCUAAACUUAAAAAAGCUGUCCUUUUUCUUAAUGAAAAAGGAGGCAGGCUGCACAACCCAGGCACGGUGUGAGCCUCCCACAGUGGUGCAUUUAUUUUUAAGCUGCCUGAAUGGUCAGGACCCCUUCUGUUCCUUCCUAUCCAUUGAGCCCGUACAGUCUAUGUGUACUAUAGCCUCUUACAUGGCAGCGUAAGAUGACUCUUGGAUUAUUAGUACUCAUUUAAAUAGCUUAAAUUCUCCUGAUAAAGCAUUCCCAAGGACACAGAAAGUCUAUUGGGGGAAAAAAUAUUGCAAGCAGUGCAUGUCAAAGGGAGAUGGGACUUGCUGGAGACAAAUUGCUGAAUCCUCUUAGAGAGGAUGAUCCAAUUCAAGAAAGCUCUGUAAAAUUUAUACAAGUUUAAUAUUUUGUACCUUUAGUGUCUUAAAAGUUUAAAGAAGUAAGGAACAUGCCAUUUGGUGAGUACCAUCAGAAGACUAUAUAAUUGCUAAGAAAAGCCCCAAAUAGCACUUCAAACAGAUUUUGUUUGCAGACCUCCGUUCAGAAAACAUACACAUAUACACACAGAGAGAGAGAGAGAGAGAGAGAGAGAGAAAUAUUCAUCUCCCCAAAUUGGAUUCUGGUUUCAGAAAUAGUUGGUAUAAAUAAUUGAAAGGGUAAAUCUAAAACCCCUUGACAAUCAGCCAAAGUCAAGAAUAAAAUUGGUUGCCAACUAUCUAACAACAGUGUUUGAGAAGCUGCUUCUGAAGUAGCAGAAGGUGAGGUCAUAAGCAUACUGUGAAAUCCGAGAUCCUUCCUCCCUGGUAGAAUCGUGAUAGUUACUCUUACCAUAUAUGUAAAUAUUCCACAUCUUGCCCUCAUUCUCUCUCCGUUUAUCCCUUUAGAUCUAACUCUUGCUGGAAAUAGCCUGGAUUAGAAGAAUGACUCAUGCCCUUGUCCUCCCUGUGUCCAAGUCCUGCCUAGGCCUCCACCAGCAGAGAGGCUGUAACAGCAGUCCCUGCCCCUCCUCCACCCCCAGCCUCUUCCAGAGGAGCCCUGGGAUAACACAUGUGAAGUUCUUUGCUGUGUUUUUGUAGAAGGUGCUGCAGUCCAAAUAUUAUUACAAUCUAACCUAGAGAAAAUUGCUAAAAUAACUCACAUCAUUUAGGACCAAUUUGAGCUUGCUAGAAGACAAUUUCAGUUUGUUUUAUUUCUGCACUUCACUAUGAAUUUGAGGGAUACUAUAUUUCUGUGAAGGACUUCUCAAAUUAUAUUGAUAACACACAAAAGAAACUUUCCAGUGUUACCACUUCUUCCUGGAACGUAGCUGUAGUAUUCCUCACUAGUAUUAUUAGAUAUCUGUGUACAGGAAGUAUGCAGUUAUUCAGGUUAAUGUUUCAUAUUAAAGAAUGUAUUUGUAAAAUGUAACAACAUCAGUAGUUAACUUUUUUUAAGCUCUUAAAAAGUUAAGAUUAUGUGUUAGACUUAAAAUUACAGUGAAAUCUGUUUUAAUACUACUUUUGUGGCUAGCAAAGGUUGUGUAUUUAUAUAAAAAUAUUUACAGGAUGCCCUAAAUAAAGAAUAUUAAAGAUAGGUUUUGCUCUUCAUUUUCAGAAUUGUAACAUUGCUGAUGUCUGUUAUACAGCUAUUCUCCAGAAGUUCUGUAAGAUGUCAGAUAUAAUUUUUGUUUAAUUUAGAGACAAGUAACACCUGCUCUAUUGACUCACUAUUACAGCAAACCCUAAUUUUGUCAUUAAAUGUUUUAACUCUGUGA